AGCUUUCUGGAGGUAAAACCUUUGCCCCUCCGCUGCUCCUGGCUGUGGUGCACCCUCUCUGCCGAUGUCUGUCUCCCACUUCGGCUUGAACUCAGGUGGGGCCUCCUGGCCUGUGUCCCCCGCAUUGGGCAUGGGACCUGCCACCUGAGUGCCCACUGGGGUUUGUGGACUAAAUGACUGACAGAUGGUGAUGGUCUGCCCGUGGCUGCCUCCCCAGAUAAGGACUUUUACCUAUAAAAAGCCCACCCCUUCUCUUUCAUGGCCAGAAGGUUUCGCCUGGCUCAAGUCUGUCCCCUGAGGCUUGGUUUCCUCACCUGAAGUGGGAGGAGUCAUGAACAGGCUUGAGGACUGAAUGAGGUGGCGGGAGCAAAGGCUGCCCCCUCCAGCUCCGGGCAGCCCCGUUGUUGGGAGCAGACACUGGAAGGAAGGCCCCUGACUCUCGUCUGCUGCCCACGGCGAGCCCGGCUUUCUGAGCAGUGCCUGACUCCCAGCUCAGCCCUGGGAGUUGCGUGUAUCCUCUCUGGGUGUGGAACAGGCGUGGGAACAGCCUGGAGCCGGAUCCUAAGCCCACCUCUGAUGCAUGUGCUCUUGGGGGACAAGCGGGCUUUUCUGACACACAGGACAGGCUGUGCCCCGCCCUCACCCAGGAGUCUGGGCUCUUGUCCUGGUUCUGGAAACUUCUAGGCAAAAUAAAAAGACUGGGAGGGUGGGAGCCUGUUGUCCCUUCACUAAUUCAUUCCACAAGUAUUUGUUGAGUGCUUUCUGUGUGGAGUAUUGGGGAUACAGUGGUGACGACAGACACAGAUCCCGGGAUCUGCUCCAGGGCCACCUCUGGGUACUUGUGGGGAGCCGGCGCCUGGGGUCGGACGAAGGUCUGUGCAACGGCCAAGGCCAGCAUUCAGGGCCUUGCCAUCGGGGCCACUGACACGGGGGUAUCUUUUUCUUGGCCUGGCGCCCACCCAGGCCCACAUCCAUGGGUUUAGGGUUAGGGCAAGUGAGGGAAGUGGGAAAGCAACAGAAAAUCAGAAACCAACACCCAGGCUCCACCCUGGGCCUCCUUGAGCUACAUUUGUGCCCUCACUGCCACACAUUUGUCCCUCAUUGUCACAUGGGGAACAUGGUUGUUCCCACCUUGCAUCACUGUGGGAGGGCCAGGGAGGAAAUGGGGGAAGGUGCCUCGCAGCCCCUGAAGCCAGCUGCCCGCAGAGGGGCCUUAAGCUGGGCUGUGCGCUGACACAGCUGUGCUGGAAAAACAGCUCUAGGGAGCAGCAAGCACAACUCCAACUCCUAAUGUCAUUCAGGUUCAUUGCCAGGGCCCCCAACAAUGGUGAUUUCCUGGGAAGGUAACUUCCGCCAACUUUUUCCCUAGACGCUGUUCCCCGUGGGUGUGGUUUCUGUGACUGAGGGAGAGGUCGAUAGCAGAGGAAUCAUCGGAAUUGGCCUCACCCCAGGGAGUUUCCAGAGGGGACCAGGGGCUGUGAAAAGUCUACCAAGGGCCUGGUUAGCUAGGGAAGGGCUCCUCAGGGAAGAUUUUGAUGUUUGAGCUGGGCUCUGAGAGAUGAAUAGGAGUUUGCUGGUUGGAUGCCCGCAGAGGAAGGACAUUUGGGGCAGAGAGGAGAGCUUAUGCAAACGCCUGAAGCAAGAUGGGCUUAAUGUUGAGAGAGCAGAGAGCUGGGAGUUGGGCCAUGUGGUGCUCUCCCCAGUCUGGUUCCUGUACAGUCUGCUCAUGAAGCUGUUCCAGCGCUCCACGCCGGCCAUCACCCUCGAGAGUCCGGACAUCAAGUACUCGCUGCGGCUCAUCGACCGGGAGAUCAUCAGCCAUGACACCCGGCGCUUCCGCUUUGCCCUGCCGUCGCCCCAGCACAUCCUGGGCCUCCCCGUCGGCCAACACAUCUACCUCUCGGCUCGAAUUGACGGAAACCUGGUCAUCCGGCCCUAUACGCCUGUGUCCAGUGAUGAUGACAAGGGCUUCGUGGACCUGGUCAUCAAGGUUUACUUCAAGGACACCCAUCCCAAGUUUCCCGCCGGAGGAAAGAUGUCUCAGUACCUGGAAAGCAUGCAGAUUGGAGACACCAUUGAGUUCCGGGGCCCCAACGGGCUGCUGGUCUACCAGGGCAAAGGGAAGUUCGCCAUCCGGCCUGACAAAAAGUCCAAUCCCGUCAUCAAGACAGUGAAGUCUGUGGGCAUGAUCGCGGGAGGGACAGGCAUCACUCCGAUGCUGCAGGUGAUCCGCGCUAUCAUGAAGGACCCUGAUGACCACACCGUGUGCCACCUGCUCUUUGCCAACCAGACCGAGAAGGACAUCCUGCUGCGACCUGAGCUGGAGGAACUCAGGAACGAACAUUCUGCGCGCUUCAAGCUCUGGUACACGCUGGACAGAGCCCCUGAAGCCUGGGACUACAGCCAGGGCUUCGUUAAUGAGGAGAUGAUCCGGGACCACCUUCCGCCCCCAGAGGAGGAGCCGCUGGUGCUGAUGUGUGGCCCCCCACCCAUGAUCCAGUACGCCUGCCUGCCCAACCUGGACCGCGUGGGCCACCCCAAGGAGCGCUGCUUCGCCUUCUGAGGGCCGGGCAUGGCCACACGGCCACCCGCCCCGCACACCCCAUGCCCUGUCCACACUCACCCAGUCACCUCCCCUCAUUGCACACUGGGGCCCCGGGUUCAGCCUGGCCUGCCCGUGCCCUGGUGAACCACCCAGCCCAGCAGGCCCCCUGCGGCCCCUUCGGGAGCAGGGCUGUGGGUAGGUCCUGCCUGGCACUUACUGGUCCUUACCAGAGACGCCCAGUCCCAUCCCUGUCCUCGUGACCCCUCGUCCAACCCACACACACACUACAAGGCUGAGGGCUGCCAGCAGCCGUCUGUCCACCCUUCCCGGCCGUGGACCACAGUCAGGAUGUCAGCAGACACAGACAGGCAGCCCAGAGCUGCGGGGGCCGGGGCCCACCCCAGCCUCGCCUGGCACCCCCACUCCUGCCUCAGGGCCAGGCCCAGGCCUCACCACCUGACACUGUGUGAGGCAUUGACACCAGAAAGCCCUCUUGGGGCACUGCUCCCCGCCCCAGGGCCCUGGUCAGCCGGGAGUUUGGCUCUCCUCUGGCUAGAGUAGGAAGAGGGAGCUGGCCACGGGGCCCUCCCGGAACCGCAGCAUUUCCCUCCAAUCCAUCCAAACACUGAGGCAGCCUUGGGGAACCCCGAGCUGUGGGGUCGGCAGCCGCUGCACCACCUCAGGGUUUUGGGGUCCUGGGCUGGGGCCACCACCCCUGAUGGCAGAACUCCCACAACCACAUGUAUUUAUUCCUCUGUCCUAAACCAGCCCCUCCGGCCCCCACCCCCAGCACAGGGGGAUUCUGAGCAGUGCCUCUCGUCUGAGGGACAUACCGGUGACCUCGACGUUGCCUUUAGACUACAGUUGCAUUAGCCUCUUGCGUAUCGGCUUUUUCAGAGUCAUUUAUGAGCAGGAAAAAAAAAAGUAAAACUUUGCUAAUAUUAACCCUU